AUAAGGCGGUUCGGCGCACCCACACACAUACACGCGCGCGCACACGCACAUACACAUGCACUCAACCCAUGGAGGACCGCUAGCUCCCCAGACUUCUGCCCUUGAAUUGAUCUGUUGCCAGAGGAAAGGAAGAGAGUUAAAUUAAAUUUGUUGCUGGGUUUUGCAUAGGUUAGGGUUAGGUAAAUUGGGAACGGGAAGCAACAAAUGGGUACAGAUUCGACUUCGGCAGAGGCUGAGGCCGCUGAUUCACCCAUCGCCUCAUCUAAUAUUGGCUACAAGCAGCUCCUGAAGAAGCAUGGCUGGAAGGAAGGCACUGGCCUCGGUAUCUCUGAGCAGGGCAGAUUGGAGCCUGUACAGGCUUAUUUGAAGAAGAAUAAGCGAGGGUUGGGAGCAGAAAAGGUUAAGAAGAAACCACCAAAUUCAGAAAGUUCUGGAAAACUUGCUUCUGAUGGGAAAGCUGAAAGGUGUCUUCCAAAAAGAAAGGGAAAGGCCAUCUCUAAAAGGAUGAAGAAAAUGUUGGAGUUUGAGAAGCACUUGCAGGAGAAGGAGUUCGAACGAGCCUUCUUCAGGGAGUUUUGGCCGGACAAUGUUUGACGAUUUCAUUUUCUAUUCACCUGCUUGUUUCCAAAGUAUUAAUCCUCAUCCCUUGAAAAGCCUUUUCGUUACUCAUCAAUAUAUUUGAUGGAUGGAUAUGGAUGCCCUGGAGGAGAGAAUUGACUAAGCUCCCUCACUUUCAAAAGUAUAUAGCCUUCCAAUUCCAAAUGUUCCAAGGGUUCGGGGAUGUAUAUGGAGUGAUAUGUGAAGUAUUAAAUUAAAUUGAUCGCAAUUUAUCAUCAAAUUUUCCUUAA